AUGGCAGGCGUUUCUUGUGGAGCUCGCGAUUUGAACGAUGUUCUUUUGAAAGAUUCUAGCGGAAAAAUCGCUGAAUCAGGGAAGCAAGUUCUCCUCGUCGAAGCCAAUACCAAUAUCACUCCUACUUUUCUGAAAUACCAGAACACCAACUUUUUGAUGGCGCUUUCUCAGGAUGAUAUGCGACCAGAUACGAUUCGAAUGGCUUUGAUUGGAGCUCUUCGUUUUGGGAAGUGCUUUAUUAUUGAUAUUGAUAAGCUCCCUUUGUACAACGCAAUCGAAACCUACAUGGACAUGAUCAAACCCGGCCUCUACAAAGACCUCCUUGCUGGCGAAGUGACCAAAAACGAAUACUGGAAGACUCUUGGCAACAACUUUAACGAAAGCCAAUUCGAUCGAUUCCACUUCGUCGUCCUCACGCAUUCCGUUCCCGACAAGGCUAUUUCUGACCAGUUUUACACGAUCACAAUCGAAUAA